AUGUUCCUCGCCGUUUGGGUCCUUGCAGCCCUGGGCAUGGGUCAAAGUAAGUGUCACGAGUAUCAGAAUGUUAGUCCUGUGCAUGUUCUGAAGAUCUUUUCUGCAGACGAACUUGACAUUCGCGGAAUCGACGAAGCGGCCAUGAUUGAGAAGUUUCGGAAGGUUCUUGCUCGUGACAUUACCUCGACCGUCACCGUGCCCAGCUGCAUUGCCAUUCCCACUACAGAUUCCUCUGGUAGCUGGACUUCGGCGACGGUUGUUACUGUGACCAUUCCGGGGUCCUCCAUUCCUGGCGGAGACUCUAGCAUCCCGACUUCUUCUUUCCCUACUUCGAGCACGGAUACGGAUACUUCUAUCCCACUGCCGACUACUUGGCCUUUCCCUGGCACUACCAUCCCUGGGCUGCCGACUACUAUUCCUGGACUGCCGACUACCAUCCCUGGGUUGCCGACUACUAAUCCUGGACUGCCAACUACUAUCCCUCUGUCCGACACUACUGUCCCAGGGGAAUCUGGAAGUCUGACACUUCCCACUACUAUCCCGGGUACUAUCCCUCUGUCCGACACUACUGUCCCAGGGGAAUCUGGAAGUCUGACACUUCCCACUACUAUCCCGGGUACCAUGACCUCCAGCACCAUCUCCAGCUACUGCUUCAGCCCCAAGCCACCCAACCUCUCCUUCCACUGCCCCUAA